AUGUCAUCAAAUAUUAACAAACUCUUACCUCAACAUAUUAAAAGAAGUUUUCAGCCAAGUUGGAAAAAUAAGCACUCUUGGCUGGAAUACAAUUCUCAAAACAAUUUCAUGUUUUGUAUAUUAUGCCGCGCUACAAAUUUUAAAUAUAGUGCUAUAAAAGAACAUGCAGAAACAAAAGAUCAUUUAGAUUUAUGUAAAAGAAAUAAAAUAAAAGUGCCAUCAGAACAUAUUAUAAGUUUAAUGAAGAUUAUAUAUUGUAUGGCAAAAGAUGAUCUUCCAUUAAACAAAUUUAAAAAUCUUACUCAUCUUGGCCGUGCUAUUGAAGCUCCACAUUUGAUUCCCGAAAACAACCCAAUUACUUAUGAAAAUAAUAUAUAUGGCCAAGAAUUGUUGUCUUCUAUAUCUUCUUCAAUUGAAAAUAAUAUUUGGAAGGAAUUGUCUCUUGCAUCAGCUAUUGAAAUUAUAGUUGAUGAAAAUAGUGCAAGUGUAAUGCAAGGAAAUAUUUCUGGAGUUGCAACACGAAUGACUGAAGCAGUAUAUAAUAUUUGUUUUUCAAUUGAACCUUUACUUGAAAUACUUGUUCAUACUAUGAGUGAAAUAAAAAAUCAAAAUACCCAAAACUCAAUCUUUGAUUUAUACACAAAUCUUUGUAAUUGGCAAACUAUAGCUUUUUUUUAUUUUCUUCAAGAUAUUCUUACUGAACUUGUAAUAUUAUCUAAAUUUUUUCAAACUCGAUUUCUUUAUUUUUAUGAUAUAUAUCCUAUAAUUCAAACCACUAUUACAAAAUUAGAAAAAACCUAUUUAGAUAUUAACAAUAAUUGUUUUGAAUUAAGUACUAAUUUAAACAAAUUUUUUAUUUCUACUUCCCCUAAAAAGAAUACAACCAUUGGUUCACAUCUACUUAUUUGGACAUUAAAUCAAGAAAAUAACUUAAUGGUAGAUAUACCUCAAUAUCCCUUAUUCCCUCUAGCAAUAGUUAAUCCUAACAAUACACGUAUAGAAUGGUUCUAUUUUAAAAAGUUGAUUUAUGAAAAUUAUUCAAAUUUACCAAUAGAUGAAUUGCUUGUUUUAUUAUUUCAACACCAUAUUGACUCAUAUCCGAAUAUUGGUAAAUUAUUAGCAAUAGUAUAUUCUAUUUCCUUCUCUAGUGUAGAAUGUGAGCAUGGUUUUUCUAAACAAAAUUUAAUUAAGACUAGAUUGCGUAAUGGUCUAAAUAAUGACACAUUGCAUAUGUUAAUGAUAGUUGGAUUAGAAAAAACGGAU